CGGGCCACCAUUUUCUUCCUGGCUCUUCACUUCUUCAGUUUGUGUGUUCUCUUCAUUCUUCACGGCUUCGCCCUCAUACCUGGCUGCUUCUUCUAUCCGGAGAAGCUUCUAGAAACACCAUCUCCGAUCCAUCAGCCCAGCCAGGCCUACCUGCUGGUGGAGGUCGACACGGCGUGCUGUUCCGUGCCGCUUCCUUAGCGGUCGCGCGACGCGAAGGAUGCUGGCGUCCAGGGUCUGGUCUAGGUCCGCGCCGCAGUCCUCGCGCGCCUUGGCUUCCGCAGCGGCCUCGGCGGCGAGGUCCGGCAUGCAGCUCUCGCAGGCUCCUCCCGGUCUCGCAGAGCGGCCCUGCGCCGGGAUAGCUGAGGCUGAUGCGCCGCCGCUGUGCUCUUCUUCAGGCGAUUCACGAGGAGAACAUGCCUGCAGAAGACGCACAUAUCAAAGACAUCCAGUGUCUAAUCGAGCCACGCCUGUCGGAGGGAACCGUCAUGUUCUUUAUGCAAGUUAUCUUUCACAGAACCAACAGAACUACAGAUCUUUUUCGGCUUCGUCCGACCAAGAAAGGAUAGAAGCUGCAAACAGGUUCCAGAUAAUACAUGGUCUGCCAAGGUGUGUGAAAAUUGUAGAAGUUGGGCCUCGAGAUGGACUGCAGAACGAAAAAAAUACAGUGCCAACACCUGUAAAGAUUGAGCUCAUAAAGAGAUUGGUAACCUCUGGAUUAUCAGUUGUUGAGGCAACAAGUUUUGUCUCCCCAAAAUGGGUGCCACAGCUAGCUGAUGCGAAGGAUGUUAUGGAAGUGGUUCGGAAUAUUACGGGUGUAAGCUUUCCUGUAUUGACUCCAAACCUCAAGGGAUUUGAAGCAGCAGCUGCAGCAGGUGCCAAAGAAGUUGCAAUAUUUGCGUCAGCUUCUGAAGCAUUUUCAAAGUCAAACAUAAACUGUUCAAUUAAAGAGAGCCUUGUCCGCUAUAAUGAUGUUGCUCUUGCAGCACAAAAGCGAGAAAUUCCUGUACGAGGGUAUGUUUCUUGUGUGGUUGGAUGCCCAGUAGAAGGAUCAGUACCACCUUCAAAUGUAGCUUAUGUUGCCAAAGAGCUUUAUGACAUGGGCUGCUACGAGGUUUCGCUUGGUGAUACGAUUGGAGUUGGUACCCCAGGCACAGUUGUACCAAUGCUUGAGGCAGUUAUGUCCGUCGUUCCCGUGGAAAAGCUUGCUGUCCAUUUCCACGACACCUACGGGCAGUCUCUUUCAAACAUCCUCGUCUCUCUCCAGAUGGGUAUUAGUGUCGUGGACUCCUCCGUCGCAGGCCUUGGUGGCUGCCCAUAUGCGCAGGGCGCAUCAGGGAAUGUUGCUACUGAAGACGUAGUGUACAUGCUGAAUGGGUUGGGGAUCAAGACAGGCGUCGAUCUAAGCAAGGUAAUCGCAGCCGGCGAGUUCAUCUGCAAGCAUCUGGGGCGCCAGUCUGGGUCCAAGGCAGCUACUGCCUUGAGCAAGGUUACCGCGAGCGCCUCAAAGCUAUGAGGUUGCUCUUAGUGCUGUUACUCUGUAACAUCAUAAUGCUGUGCCCGUUUAUUGUAUGUCGUGAUCCCCUGUUGCAGAAGAUACAUGUACAGUACCAAUGCAGAAAGUACGUAAAUGAAUAAAUGGUGCAUUUUGCUAAA